UCAUGUUGCAAAGAAAGUUGAUGGAAUCAGAAUCUAUCUACAUAUACAUUCUGAUCAUUAAUGCCUAUAAAAUGACAUGUUUCUCAAACAACCAAGUUCACCAAUUCCUUUCGCUUACCAGUCUCUUGUCUUCUCAGGUUCGAUCAUUUUUUUCCUUCAAUUUUAGCUCCUUCUUCAUCAUAAGGCUUUUCCACAACUAAAUCAUUACUAGAUCUUGAGUAAGUUGGCUGAGUGCUACUAGUUAACUUUUCAGGUUGUUAGAGAUACAUAGAUAGAAAUAUGAGCUGGACCGGAGGAGAUUGGCUAUGUGGUGCGUGUCAGCACGCAAACUUCAAGAAAAGAGAAUCAUGUCAAAAAUGCGGAUACCCCAAAUUUGGAGGGGUUGAUGUGUCAACGUACUUGUACAACAGGACCGAAGUUAUGGCUGGUGAUUGGUAUUGUGGUGCAUUGAAUUGUGGGAGCCACAAUUACGCGAGCCGAACAAGUUGUUACCGAUGUGGAAUGAUCAAAGUCGAGUAUACGGAACAGUACUAUGGAGCUCAAAUGGUUGCUUACGGGAAUGAUGGCGCAGCUUGUCCUCCCGGAUGGAAAACUGGCGAUUGGGUUUGUCCUAGGGUGGGAUGUGGGGUUCAUAACUACGCAAGCAGGGCAGAAUGCUUCAAAUGCAAGACAACAAGAGAUUAUGGUGGCGUCUAAAUGGACGAGAAAGAGCUAAUGAAGAAUCUCUUGUUUUAAUUAUACCUUUCAACAAGUGUUUCUACUUUCUAACAUGCAUGACGCUUUCUUACGUUGACUUGAAAUCAAUUGAAAGUUUAGACUCGUGCAAAUUAACGUAAGUACAAAUAGUUGCAAACAAAAUUUUGAAACAAUUAAGGCAUCAAUGAGACCUUAUUGCAAAAACAAUCGAGAUACAUAGAUUAUUGACGAUAUUUUAUUU